UCCCGGCCCGGAAGCGCUCGAGCCGGAGACCCCCCGGGUGACCCGGGCCACAGCUGCUGACCGGAGCGGACCCUCGCGUCCGCCGCCAUGGCCUGGACCAAGUACCAGCUGUUCCUGGCGGGGCUCAUGCUCGUCACCGGCUCCAUCAACACGCUGUCGGCCAAGUGGGCGGACAAUUUCACAGCUGAGGGCUGCGGAGGGAGCAAGAAGCACAGCUUCCAGCACCCUUUCCUCCAGGCCGUGGGCAUGUUCCUGGGGGAGUUCUCCUGCCUGGCUGCCUUCUACCUGCUCCAGUGCAGAGCCGCAAGGCAGCCAGACUCCAGGCCGGACGCCCAGCAGCCCUUCAACCCCCUUCUUUUCCUGCCGCCAGCCCUCUGCGACAUGACAGGGACCAGCCUCAUGUACGUGGCCCUGAACAUGACAAGUGCCUCCAGCUUCCAGAUGCUGCGGGGCGCAGUGAUCAUAUUCACAGGCCUGUUCUCCGUGGCUUUUCUGGGCCGCAGGCUGGUGCCGAGCCAGUGGCUGGGCAUCCUGGCCACCAUCGCCGGGCUGGUGGUCGUGGGCCUGGCUGACCUGAUGAGCAAGCAUGACAGUCAGCACAAGCUCAGCGAAGUGAUCACAGGGGACCUGCUGAUCAUCAUGGCCCAGAUCAUCGUUGCCAUCCAGAUGGUGCUGGAGGAGAAGUUCGUCUACAAGCACAACGUGCACCCACUGCGGGCGGUGGGCACCGAGGGCUUCUUUGGCUUCCUGAUCCUCUCCCUGCUGCUGGUGCCCAUGUACUACAUCCCCGCCGGCUCGUUCAGCGGAAACCCUCGCGGGAUGCUGGAGGACGCCCUGGACGCCUUCUGCCAGGUGGGCCGGCAGCCGCUCAUCGCCCUGGCGCUGCUGGGCAACAUCAGCAGCAUUGCCUUCUUCAACUUCGCGGGCAUCAGCGUCACCAAGGAACUGAGCGCCACCACCCGCAUGGUGCUGGACAGCUUGCGCACCGUGGUCAUCUGGGCGCUGAGCCUGGCGCUGGGCUGGGAGGCCUUCCAUCCGCUGCAGAUCCUUGGCUUCCUCAUCCUGCUGACGGGCACAGCGCUCUACAAUGGGCUGCACCGCCCGCUGCUGGCCUGCCUGUCCAGGGGCCGGCGCCCCGCCGAGGAGGGCGAGCAUGAGAGACUGCUGGGGGGCGGCCGGACUUCCAUCAACAGUGCCAGCUGAGCCUCUCCUGGGCCUCUGCUGCCACCCAUGCCCCUCGGUCACCCGGAGCCUGAGGCCCUGCAAGCUGGUGCCCUGCCCCUCCCUGCCAACCCCCAAGGCGGCUGCUUCUACCAAGACGACCCAGCUCGCAGUUCUGCUGCCACAGGCCUGAGUGCAGUGACCGACCCCAGCCCUCCCAGGCCUCCUGCAACACUAGAGCUAAAUGAGGAUUUCAGAGUCAUAAAUUAGAUCGUCAUUACAGGUCACCUAGUUUAUGGUUCAUAGCAAAAUUUGAUCCUCCAAAGAGAAGUCAGUGAGCAAGCUGAAGGCAGAUCUGAGCAAUUUGCCACAAUGUGUGAGGGACUCCCUAACCCUGUCCCAACACUGCGGUCCAGCCCCGCCCCUGCCCACACCAGGGGCAUCAACUCCCAGCACGCACCUGGUCACUCCAGAGAGGCAGCCAGGGCAGUGGCCUCGGUGCCUUCUGGCCCAGCCUUCUGUGGGCUUUGGUUGUGUGCAGCCUGAGAGAGGAGGAGAGCCUGCGACAGGGAACCGUCCCUCGGCCCACCCCCGCCACGCUCGGCCUGUCCUCGCUCACACCCUCAGGGCCUGCCUGCCUGGGAGACCUUCCCGGGGGCUCUAGGCACCCUUCGUUAGUGGCUCAAGCCCUUUCCCUUCCAUCUCAAAGACGGAGAAACUGAGGCCAAGAGUUGUAGGUGGUUUGGCCAGAGGGGUCUCCUGGGGGAGCCCGAGGCUGGGCAGCGCACGCUUCUGCCACAGGCUGGGAUGUGACGCACAUCUGGAGCCCGGGCCCCACCCCCGGAUCCUGCCGCUGAGGGUGAUGCGGGGUCCCGGGCGUUGUGCUAAGUGCUUGACUUUCAUUCCUGCAGCCUUCAGAGGUGGGUCUGGGUAAGAAAACCAGGGCCCAGAGACUUGUCCGUGUCCAAACCUGUGGGCCCAGCGCCCACAUCGUCCCUGCAGGGUCUCCCAGACGGGCCAGAAACCUCUUGCGCAGUUGUCCUCCAGCUGCCCCCACCCCGCAGAGCAGGAUGGCAGCCAUGGUGGAAGUGGGGUUGGGGGCUGUUGCCACCAGCCGUUUCGCUGGGCAGCUCAGCAAACACCGAACACCUUUAAGGAGACUCCAGGGCGGGGGCUGUGGCCAAGUGAGGCGCUCGGGUUGUGUGUGGCCACAGCAGGUUAGUAGAGCUUGCCCGGGGAGGGUAGCCUUACCAUCCUACCAGUCCUGAGUCCCAGGACCCCUGCGCUCCUCUGGGAGCGUGUGUCACAGGAACGUGAGUGGACAGUGAGGGUGGUGGACACUACAGUGACCUUGUCUAAAAAACUGAGGCCUCAGGAUGUUGUUUUAUACUUUAUAUUUUUCAAAAAAUUGGAAAUAUUAGAGGUUUUUUUAAUAUGUAGUUAUAUUUAUUGUUUUACUUGAGAGAGACAGAGGGCUCCCAAGUGCUGCUUCACUCCUCAAAUGCCCACAAAAGCAAGGGCUGGGCCAGGCCAAAGCCAGGAGUCUGGAACUCAAUCCAGAUCUCCCAGGACCAGGUCACUUGAGCCAUCACCAGUGCCUCCCAGGGGCUGAAUUAACAAGAAGCUGGAGUCAGGAGCCAGUGGCAGGCAUUGAACCCAGGGACUCUGAUAGGGGACAUGCAUAUCUUAACUGACGUCUUAACCACCAGACUCAAUGUGGGCCCCAGACUUUUUUUUUUCCUUUUUCAAAUGAAAGAGAAGGGCACAAGUGAGUUCCUGGGGUAGCACCUAGGAUGUUGGAGUGGAAAAACUAAUGUGCAAGCAUAGGAAUCACUCGGGGUCCCAGUCGUUCUGACAAAGGAACUGACGUCCAGAACUUCCCCCAGGUCAGCCAGCUACAGGCCAAGCCAGGUUUCCGGCUCUGGGCCCCUGCGCGGCCCGUUUGCCAAGACCUUGUGCUGUGUCUGGGACUUCUUGCACGGUGUUGGGGAAGUGCUUGGUCUUUAUUUGAGUGCUGCCCCGGGGGCUGUUGGGGGCAUUACAGUGGGAGUUUGUGGUGAGGGGAGGUUCUGUCAUAUGCCCCCGGCUCAGGCAUAUCCCUUUGUCUCCAGGAGUGAGGGGGCUUCAUGUCCCUCCCAUGGCCAUGUCAGCCUCCACCUUCCAGGUUAGGCGUGAACGUAAGGCAACAGGUGCAGAGGGCCUUGUCAGCUCUGCCCAGUGGAGUGUGGACCAGGGCUGCUCUGUGCAGCUGCCUCCCAGCCCCAGUGCCUCCCGUCCCAGCAGAGGCCCGGCUCAAGGCCCAGCUUCACACAGAAGGGGAGAAGUAUUAAAACACCAUUGUGGAGUGAAACCUCAGAAUUCACACGACGUGGGGUGCAUGGAAUUGAGCCCCACCUAUGCUCCUGAUCCAGCUUCCUAGUGUACCUGGGGAGGCUGCAGAAGAUAGCCCAAGGAGUUGGGUUCCUGCCACCCACAUAGGAGAGCCACAUAGAGUUCUAGCUCCUGGCUUCAGCUUGGCCCAGCCCCGGCUGUUCUGAACAUUUGGGGAGUGAACUGACAAAUGAAAGAUUUCCCUCUGUCACUCUGCCUUUCAAACAAACAUAAAGCGAAGCUGCCUGGAGAAAAUGUUGAAGUGCCGGCAGGUGUACUCCCCACCUGCUGGAGGUGGGUAUGCAUUACAGGGCGGGCUUGAGAGGCCUGGCCGUGUUCUGGGGGUGGGGGCCUCCACUCUCCUGUGGAGUCUGCAGGGUGGUGGGACACAUCUGGCUUUCCCUUCUGAGUGCAGAAAGGAGCUCUGAAAGGUGGGAGCUUGGCAAGGGGGCUGCACACUGAAAUUAGAACAGACCGACUCCUGAAAGUGUGCACUCAAAUACAGUCGACAGCCUGCGCUUCGGUGCCCAGGCCAGUCCUCUCCCCGCCCCUCCCAGAGUAGCCCUAGGGGUCCUGGGGCUGGGUUAGUCCUCAGGCGUCCUCCUGCCAGUGGCAGUGACCCCUGAGGAGGACUGAAAGGGAGAGUGGCACCAGAGUUCCCAGCUCUGACCCUACCGCUCAAGGCCUCCCCUGCCCAUUGGAGGAAGGGAUCUCCUCCACCUCCCGGAUGGCCUUGUGGAUUGUCACUCCUGGUCACCUGUCCCCUGUCCUCUCAUUAACUACAGCUUUUCAAAGCCAAGGUCUAUAGGGAGUUCCCUGUGUAGCCAUAAGAGUUGAUAAAUCCCUUUUACUACGAACACUUGGGACUGGCACUGUGGCACAGCAGGUUAAACUGCCACUUGCAACACUGCCAUCCCCGAUCAGAGCACCAGUUCAAGUCCUGGCUGUUCCACUUCUGAUCCAGCUCCCUGCUAAUGCACCAGAGAAAGAAACAGAAGAUGGUCCAAGUGCUUGGGCCCCUGCCACCCACGUGGGAGAACUGAUGGAAUUCCUGGCUUCUGGCUUUGACCCAGCCCAACUCUGGCUGUUGCAGCCAUUUGGAGAAUAAGCCAAUGGAUAAAAUCCCUGUCUCUUUAUCCCUUACUCCCUCCCUCUCUCUCUCACUCUUUCAAAUAUAUAAAUA